AUGACCGAGUCCGCUGGAGCCGUCAUCGGCAUCAACCUCGGCCACUCGUAUGGCAGCAUCGCAUGCAUCAACCAGCACGGCCGCGCCGAUGUCAUCGCCAACGAGGACGGCGAGCGUCAGAUUGCCACCCGCAUCGCUUUCAACGGCGACCAGGUCUACAUGGGCAACCAGGCCACCCCGCAGCUCAUCCGCAACGCCCCCAACGUCAUUGACCGCUUCGUCAACCUCCUCGGCCGCAGCUUCAGCGACCUCACCGACGCCGAAAAGGACCGCGCCUCGGCCGCCGUCAUCGACCACAACGGCGCACCCGCCUUCAAGGUCACCAUCGACGACAAGGAGACCGUCCUGACCGCCCACGACGUCGCCGUCCGCUUCCUCCGCUCCCUCUUCCUCACCGCAAAGGACUUCCUCUCGGGCGUCCCCAUCGCCGGCGCCGUCCUCAGCGUGCCCCAGUGGUACUCCGAGGCCCAGAUCGCCGCCCUCAAGGCAGCCGCCACCGAGGCCGGCCUCAUCGUGUUGCAGACGAUCGCUGCCCCCGCCGCCGCCCUCGCCGCCUACGGCCUCACCAGCCCUUCGGGCCCCGGCAAGCUGCCAUCGGCCCCCGACGGCGUCGAGAGCGCCCCGUACCCGCACGGCAAGGAGCUCGACCGCAACGUCGUCGUCGUCGACAUGGGCGGCUCCUCGACCGACGUCACCGUCGUCGCGGCUCGCGGCGGCAUCUACUCGGCCCUCGCCUCGGUCCACGACUCGAGCGUCGGCGGCUUCGCGCUGGACCAGGCGCUCAUCAACUUCUUUGCAAAGGAGUUCACAAAGAAGACCAAGGUCACCAUCGGCGACUCGGACAAGCGCGCGUGGGCCAAGCUGCGCAACGAGGCCGAGUUCACCAAGCGCGCCCUCUCGGCGUCCAACUCGGCCCAGUGCAGCGUCGAGUCGCUGGCCGAGGGCAUCGACUUUACCGGAAGCGUCAACCGGAUGCGCUUCGACAUGCUGGCCGGCCCGUCGUACGGCAAGGUGGCGGCGACGGUCGAAAAGGCGCUGCAGCAGGCGUCGCUCGAGGCGUGCCAGGUCGACGAGGUCAUCCUCGCCGGCGGCUCGGCCAAGCUGACGGGCCUCGUCGAUCGCCUCUCGAUGCUCUUCCCCGAGGAGAGCGAGACGACGCGCAUCACGGGCUCGAUUGACGCCGACCAGGUCAUUGCACGCGGCUGCGCCGUCCAGGCCCAGCUGAUUGCCGCGACGCCGUCGGAAAACGUCGAGGGCAAGCUGCUCUCGUCGCUGCCCUUUAAGCCGGCCGCCGAGGUGGCCGAGCUCAAGGCGGCGGCCACGUCCAAGCCGUUUGGCCUGGUGCUCGACGCCCCCAAGGGAAGCGACGACAAGCAGGUCGUCGACGGCAAGCUCUUCGUCACCCUCGUCCCGGCCCACACGCCGCUGCCGGUGCGAAGGACGUACCGCCUCCCCGUCGCGCAGGGUGCCGGCCAGGUGGCGUUGACUUUCGCAGAGGGCGACGAGACGGUGCGCGUCGACACCAUCGCGCCACCACCCGCCGACGAGGAUGACGAGGACGACGAGCCGCUCGAGCCCGAGGAGGUCAAGACGGCCGUGACCAAGCCCGCGGCCAAGGUCGUCGAGCUCCUCGUCGCCCUCAAAUCCAAGGGCGCCAAGAAGCUCGAGGUCGAGAUUGUCGUCGAUGCCUCGUCUGGCGUCUCGGUCACGGCGAGGGAGGAGGGCGACAAGGACGUCGCUGCCCAGGCCAAGGCGUAG